UAGUGAUGAAAUUGGCAACAACACACUAGAUCAGUUGUGAGGAAUGAGGACUAAAUGUUAUCACUUUGAAAAUGUUGUUAUUUUAGCUAACUCGCUUUAGUACAUUUCCCUCCGACGCGGGUCUUGACUUUAAAAUAGCGUCUCGGCACUGACUUUGUUCCAUCACACUGCUGCACCUUGCUGGCGGGCUGCCUGCCUCUUUCACGCCGCUUGUUGACGUUGAGAGUCCCAGUCCCUCAGCAUGACCAAAGACAUCGUGCUUGGAGAUGAAUUACCCGACUGGGUGGGCGCUAAAGAGUUUUACCAGAAGUAUGACCCCAAAGAGGUGAUUGGCAGGGGUGUGAGCAGCGUGGUGCGGAGAUGCGUGCACAGACACACGGGUCAGGAGCUGGCUGUCAAGAUCAUCGAGAUCACGGCAGAGAAGAUGACCAUCCAGCAGCUGGAGGAGGUGAAGACGUCCACGCUGAAGGAGAUCCAAGUCCUCAACAUGGUGAAGGGCCACUCCUCAAUCAUUACUCUUAUUGAUUCCUACGAGUCUGCAACCUUCAUCUUCCUGGUGUUUGACCUCAUGAGGCGAGGGGAGCUGUUUGACUACCUCACAGAAAAAGUUACACUCAGCGAGAAAGAAACAAGGAGCAUGAUGCGAGCUCUUCUAGAAGCAGUACGGUACCUUCACUCUCUCCACAUCAUCCACCGUGACCUGAAACCUGAGAACAUUCUGCUGGACGACCAGGGACACAUCAAACUGUCCGACUUUGGGUUCUCUGUGCAGCUGCAGCCUGGGGAGAAAUUACGAGAGCUUUGUGGAACACCGGGUUAUUUGGCCCCCGAAAUACUCAAGUGCUCCAUGGACGAAAUGCACCUGGGCUACGGAAAAGAAGUUGAUUUGUGGGCAUGUGGCGUGAUCCUUUUUACCUUACUGGCUGGCUCGCCGCCUUUCUGGCACCGCAAACAGAUGCUGAUGCUGAGGAUGAUCACGGAGGGAAGAUACAAGUUCAGCUCGCCCGAGUGGGACGACCGCUCUGACACUGUGAAGGAUCUGAUCUCCAGGCUGAUGGUAGUCGAUCCCGCUGUGCGUCUCAGUGCAGAGCAAGCCUUAGCACAUCCUUUCUUCAGGCAAUACCAGAAGGACCAGGUGCGACUUUUCAGCCCUAGAAAGACAUUCAAGGUGUUGAUUGUCACCGUGAUGGCUUGCAUCAGGAUGUACAGUCGCUACCGCAGGGCUCGACCUCUGACCCGAGACGUCUUGGCCAGAGACCCAUACUCCCUCCGCGGCGUCCGCAAGCUCAUCGACGGCUGCGCCUUCCGCAUUUACGGCCACUGGGUGAAGAAAGGGGAGCAGCAGAACCGAGCGGCGCUCUUUCAGAACACGGCGAAGAUCAUGCUGCUGGACCUGGAGGACUUUGAAACAUAAGCCUCAUCCCUGUUCCAAUGUGUUUUAAUUGGUGCUGUGUUUCAUUUUAAGAAGAGUUCAGGAAUGGAUGCCUUGCUGUAUGCUGUCUUUGAAAAAGAGCAUGCACAUCUUAACAUGAAUAAAUCCUGUUUUCAACUCUU